CUGGCUGACUCGUCCCGCGAGCUUCACAGGGGUUGCCGCGGCAAUAGAGGCCUCCGAGGUCCGCGCGCACCGGGAAAGCGUCAUGAUGGACGAGAGCUCGUCCCCGAGUCAAGAACAGGCGGCAGCGGACAGGUAGUGGUGCUUCUCCUCAAACCCUAGCACCUGUAAAUCCCUGCAGAAUAUAAGUCGUCUCCAAGUUAGGAGCACAGCUACUAGAACUAUUUAUAGUACAGUACUGGUACCCUCUCCGCUGUCUGCGCCGCACUCCCCGCUCUCCUUUCCCCAAGUUACUUUCAAUCCGCUACAAUAUCAUGAGUGCUAGUACUAGUAGUACGCGUAACGUCCAAGCGUUUUCCCCAGCAAUCUUGAUGCCGGCACCUCGGCCGUGCAGAGUAACGGCCCCCUUGCUGGAAGGAAGCACUCUACUACCACUACCACUAGUACCACUACUGCUGCUGCUACUACUUCUCCGCUUCACGCAUGCCAGGCAUAAUUUCCACGCGGAGACGGGGCCCGGAAUCCCGCACCCGUUCGACUUCGCGUUUCCGGACCACCUGUGCGGGUCGCUGCGGGAGGCGUACAUGGCCAUCAACGACCGCGUGCGCGCCGCCUGCAAAGAAGAGGCGCUACUAGCAGCCGCCACUGCUGCUUCCGCCGGUCCUUCUGUCGCCCCUCCGUCCGCUGCUACCCCCUCCUCCACCGUUCCCUUGCCAUCACCCCCUUCGCGGUGCCGCACGCUGAUCUUUGACUCGGGGCACGACGGGUUUGGCGACACGGUGUUUGGGAUGGCGUCCACGUUCGCCGUGGCGCUUCUGGACGAGCGAGCCUUCCUCAUGCGCCAGGAAUGGCUGCCGCACGCCUUCGAACCCGCCACCUUCGACUGGCGCGUCAGCGACGACAUCCCCGUGUUCGAUGACUCGCCGCAGAUUAUGGACGAGAAUAACCCCCCCAAUGCGCCGUACGCGCGUCUAAGCCUUUACAACAUGAACGUUACAGAGCCCGAGGCGUAUUUUGGGAAGCUGGCGGGGAUAUCGCACAUCGGGGUGGUGUGGAACCGCGGGAUUCUGUUCAAUCUGCUCACCAGGGCCAAGGGCGCGUGGGCGGAUCGGUUCAGAGGCAUCGGGCUGACCCCGCCGUACGCCUUCGCCUGCGUCAUGCGCCUCCUGGUGCGCCCCAAGCCGGAGGUGUGGCAUCUAGUGAAGGGAAUUGCGGAGCAGGUGCACCCGCCUAACGGCAUGAGCAUAGGCAUUCACACGCGCCUGAUGGAUGGCGUCACAUGGGAGGACGCCUGGGAUGGUAUGGGAGUUCCCAAGGUGCUCAACUCGUCUCAAGUCGAGGAGCUCUAUAACGAGAAUAAAGGGGCUCUUGAGUGCGCGCAGGAGUUGGAGCGGUGGUGGAGUCCAUCCUCUCUCACGAUCAGGUGGUUCUUCAUCUGCAACUCCGCUCAGCUCAAGAUAGCCGUGCGCGACAAAUUCCCCGACAAGGCGGUGGUCACGAGUUUUGUCCCGCGGCACGUGGCGAUCAGCAAGGACCCCAACUCCAGCACGCACGCGGCGGACCCGGCGUGGUACCAGGAGACGGUGGCGGAGUGGCUGCUGCUGGCGUCCACAGACCUGCUGGUCAUCCCCGAGUCGGGCUUCUCGCGCUCCGCUGUCAUGUACUCCAUGCGCCCGGGGGCCGUCUUCAUGCCGCACAAGUGCACGCCCGAUGCCCCAGUCCCGCUCUCCGACCUCGCUACUGCUGGCUGUGGGGUGUGAUUGAUUGAUGCAUUGGAUUUGAAGUUGUAACUAGUGCGUGCGUACAGUGAUGUAUGUGUUUUGAAACGUCUCAAAACAUUAGUGUACAGUAAUGUACGUGCUACACUGCUUCAUGUUUGUCUGCACGGUAUGUACGUUUGUACUGCAUGCCCUUGGUCUCUGCAGUCGCGAUGGAAUGUGUCCCUGAAGUGGUGGCUGCUGCUAGCUGCCAGGUCUACUGAAUUGAAAUAUGCAGGGAAUGAUAUGUUCAAAUUAUAUUCUUAUAUAAUUGUAG